AUGCAGUUUAUGUUGCUCUUUAGUCGUCAGGGAAAGCUUCGACUGCAGAAAUGGUAUGUCCCACUGUCAGACAAAGAGAAGAAAAAGAUCACAAGAGAACUUGUUCAAACCGUCUUAGCAAGGAAACCUAAAAUGUGCAGCUUCCUUGAGUGGCGAGAUCUGAAGAUUGUUUACAAAAGAUAUGCUAGUCUGUAUUUUUGCUGUGCUAUUGAGGAUCAGGACAAUGAACUAAUUACCCUGGAAAUAAUUCAUCGUUAUGUGGAAUUACUUGACAAGUAUUUUGGCAGUGUGUGUGAACUUGACAUCAUCUUUAAUUUUGAGAAGGCCUAUUUUAUUCUGGAUGAAUUUCUUUUGGGAGGAGAAGUUCAGGAAACAUCCAAGAAAAAUGUCCUUAAAGCAAUUGAACAGGCCGACCUGCUGCAGGAGAACAGAAUACGUAUCACAGCAGGAGUUUCAAUGGGUGUUCUAAGAAAAACACCGUACUAGAAUACAUGCUGGAGUGCUGACAUGCAUCAAAAAGUAGUAGGAUAUAUUAAUUCAGUUUACAGUUAUAAUUUUGUCAAGUUUGUUAUAUUUUAGCAUUACUUAGCCUAAAUUACAUUAAAUCCUAAAAGAUAGUCAUAAUUAUUUCAUUACACUGAUGCUAUGCUUUCAUAGGGAAUUUUGCUGUGAUAGUGAUCCGUCACUGGGGGUUGCGAUUUAUUUUUUAUGGAGAAUAUUGAAAUAGGUUCAGAGGUUCACUGACAAAAAGAUAUUCAUUAAAUACUGUAAUUUGCUAAUGCCAUUGGUAAAGUAGAAUUUCCCUAUGAAAAAAAGCUUCUGUAAGGAAAUGGGGGUUAGUUUAUUAUUAAUACUUAUUUUAAUUGCUUCCUGUUUAAUUUCACUGUUAUCUAUUCUGAGUGGAGAAAAAGAGUAGCUAUCUCCUUAAAAUGUUUAAGAAUUCUAAUUGGAUUUUAUCUUCAGAACUACUGUAUUUAAUGGUUGUAUAAAUAUAGGAAUCUGUUAUUUUUGGCGAGACAGUUUACAUGUUUUUAUCUCAGAGUUUAAGCUUGAAUAAAUAUAAAAAGGAAUAUACAGAAUUUUCCAUGUAAUUUCAAGAUAUUUGGGGGACAGAAUGUUUAAACCCCACUUCAGGUUACCAUUUUUUUCCUUGCUGAUGUGAGAAACAUCCUGUGACAGAAAUCUGAAGAUUUAUUUUAUUUUUCAAUUAGCUUAGCACUGACUAGAUGACUUAAACUGAAAAUCUUUUUAGAGUAUUACUAAUAAGUACAAUGCUUUAGGAUAUUUUUAGGUGUAGGUGGUCACUUUUACCAUUAUAUAAAGUUACACAAGAUAAAUCUGAACUGGGCAUUGUUGAAAAAGUUACAUAUUUAACCAUAAGCCAAAGAACAAAAGCAACCAAAAACUUAAGCUUUAGGCAACUUUACUGUGAACUAAAUAUUCUAGAAAUCUGAUUGUGUCUGUAUCAGUUUGUGUACUGUGUGUAAGAAUAUAUGCAUUUCUC